GGCAAGGCAACCCUUCUUCAUCUCACUGUAUGUGGCCCAUUUAGAACAAUACAUAAUACAAUUCAACGGAAGAGAAACAAGAAACGUAUUAGGGAUGGGAGCAAUCACAAGCGCAGUCAUAGCAGUGGCUGCCGUGAUUCUAGGUUGGAUCACCAUCGAGAUCGCAUGUAAACCUUGUCUUGAACAAGGCCGUGAAGCCAUCGAUCGGAAUCUCAACCCCGAUUACGAUCCCGACGACGACAACGCCGUUCGAGCACCACUCAACCCUGCCGCAUCCACCACCGAUCCCGAAGCCGCCGCCUCUUCCACCGAUGCUAAAUUCGUUUCAUAACUAAUCAUCGACCCUCCCUGGUAUUGUUUUUAUUUUGAACAACAAAAUCGUUUAUUAUUAUUUGUGUGUAUUAUAUAGUUGAUUUGAGAAAUGGAUCCAUUGUUGAUGAAAUAUCAAUGUGUUGUUAAUUGAUUUAA